AUGGCCGGUCGUACGCCGGACUCCUUGAAGGCAUCUGGCCGGAGCUCCGAUAAGCUCAACCUUCAUAUCCUACAGGGUAAAAUCAAGUGCGACCCAGAAGGUUACGAAACGGAGCUCCAAUUAAUUUACAAACAGUUCAAAAACUCCGUCGAUCUCUUUCAGCAGAACGCGGCUGUCAAUAUCUCCUCCGCCGAUACUUCCGCCGCUUCCAAGGGCCUCGGAGACCGAGCCAUGUUUCUGUCUCACGUUACUCCGUUUUACCCGAAGCUACUCGCCGCAUUUCCAGCUCAAUUGACUGAUUUACUCCGUACCUCGUGCCUCGCAAUGCCGUCUCCGCUCCGGAACCAGGUUGCGCAAUCUCUGAUUCUUCUGAUGAAUCGAAAGAGUCUUGUCAUCGAGGAUUUGCUGGCUCUGUUUCUGGAUAUUCAGACGCUUGGUGAUAGAAACCUGCGAAAGCUUGCUUUCUCUCACAUUGUGCAAACCAUUCGUAAGAUGAGUAUUACUGACCCAAGGCACAAAGCACUUCAGAGGAUUGUGGUCUCUCUGUUGGAGCAAGAAGAUGAAACAAAGGCUAAGAGAGCACUUGUUACCCUCUGUGAGCUUCACAAGAAAAAGGUCUGGCUUGGUGAUAAACAUGACAGAGUUGCAAUUGCGAUUUGUGAAGCUUGCUUUCAUACAUCACCUAGGAUCAUGGUUUCUGCCCUUCGGUUUCUUCUUGACUAUGAGAACCUUGACGAUGAAGAUGAUAGUGAUGCUUCAGACAGCGAUGACGAGGAUUCAAAGCACGCAAUGCAGGUUGCGGUUAACAGAGAGGCUGUUUACAAGGCGACCAACAAAGGUACAUCUUCUAGCAAGAAGAAAAAGCAAGCGAAACUGCAACGUGCAAUGAAAAAUAUUAAGAGAAAGCAGCGUGCGUCGACUGAGAACACCACUUCAACUUAUUCACCUCUUAAUCAUCUGAAUGAUCCGCAGAAAUAUGCAGAGAGAUUACUUUCCCGUCUUCAGACUGGCAAGAGCAUUGGCAAAACUAGUGAACGGAUUGAGACCAGGUUGAUGAUGAUUAAAGUUAUUGCACGGACAAUUGGUCUUCACAAGUUGCAAUUAUUAAGCUUUUAUACUUAUCUUCAAAACUAUGCCAGGCCACAUGAAAAGGACAUUACACAAUUGCUCGCAGCAGCAGUUCAGGCUUGCCAUGAUGGGGUACCUUCUGAUGCCGUGAAGCCACUGUUCAUGCAAAUAGUGAAUGACUUUGUGCACGACCGUUCACGUCCUGAGGCUAUUGCUGUUGGACUCAAUGUGAUACGAGAAAUGUGCCUGAGGAUUCCUGAGUUGAUGACAGACGUAUUGCUGCAAGAUCUUGCUCUGUAUAAAAAGAAGCCUAAUGACAAAGCCAUCUCAGCAGCAGCUCGUUCCCUCAUAGCAUUGUUCAGAGAGAUCAACCCUUCGCUUCUAGUGAAAAAGGACCGUGGCCGUCCUGGAGGUGCCGUUGCCAAACCUAAACAAUAUGGAGAAGUUAAUGUCUUCAACGAUGUUCCCAAUGUCGAGUUAUUGCAAGAAAAUGAUCAUGAGAGCGACUCUGAUGAUGAUGAUCAAGAUGCUGAUGAUAUGGAGUUGCCUGGCAGUGAUGAUGAUAACGAACAGGAGCUGAUACCUGAUGAUGGUGGAAGCGAUGACGAAGCUGAAGAAGAUUCUGAUGAUGGUGCUGACAUGAUGACUAACACUGAAGAUGAUAGUGAUGUUGAUACUUCAGUCGGUGGUGAUGAAGACGAAGAGAUGAAUGACAGUGAUGAAGCAGAGAUGGAUUCGGAAGAUGAGGAGGUCGAAAGCGAAGAAGAUGAUGGAGAAGCUUCCGAUUCUUCUGGAGAGGAUAGUGGAAACGAAGAGAAAGGAAAGGGAAAGAAAAGGAAGAGAAUAGAUUUCGACGCGAGUCUUCUCUCUGCUGAUUCAAGCCUACGAUCACUAAAGAAAUUCGCAGAAGCAAAUAGCGAAAAACCAUCCUUUGAAGAAAGCGAUGGCAUACUUUCGAACGAAGACUUCCAAAGAAUCAAAGAACUUCAGGCAAAGAAGGAUACAAAACUUGCGUUGGCUCGAAAAGGAAUCAAGAUUCCGGAUUCUGAACAGCUAGCUAAGAAGCGGGUCAAUCCAGCAAAACUUGAAGCUCACAUAAGGCAUAAACUAACAAAAGAGCAAAGACUGGAGUUAGUUAAAGCGGGUAGGGAAGACAGAGUGAAAUACACAUCCAAGACUGCCACCAAGCAGAAGAAGACUGGAGGAACGAGCAAUAAACAGAAGGCGCACAAGAAGAAUAUGCCUCUUGCUGCAGUAAGAUCAAAGGCUCACAAAUCAAAGCGAACCAGGAGAAUGAAGGAUAAAAUCAGCGGAAGUCAGUUCAGAGGAAGAAAAGCUUGGAAGUGA